GAGCAUUUCAUUCCGUGUUGAUAACAUGAACAUCACAAAAGUGUUGUACACAAAGGCAAUAUAAUUGAAAAUAUUUAUUUAUCAGCAAAUGAUAAUCAAUUACUGAUAAUAAAACCUUAAGUGCUUCAAAGUUAUUUAUUUAGCCAUAAGAGAAAAGUAAUUCCAAAAAAUGGUUGUGAAAUGUGAAAUUAAGUUUGAUAAUAAUCCAAAUGGGAUUUACUUUGCUGGUCAGACCUUGUCGGGAACAGUUGAGUUAACAUUUGAUAAACCAAAGAAACUACGAGGUUUGAUCUUGAAGAUUGAAGGUUUCGCUAAGGUUCAUUGGACGGAAAGAGAACGUCGAAGUCGAUUCCAAAGUGGACAAAACCAUCAUGCAACGAACCAGAAAAUAGUUAAUUAUAAUGGAAGAGAAGAUUAUUUAAAUUCAGUAACUUAUCUUAUUGGAGGUCCAGAAGGUAAUCAAAUUGAAGUGGAACCAGGAACAUAUCAGUAUAACUUCCAAUCUGUUUUACCGCCACUUCUACCGACAAGUUUCGAAGCUAAACAUGGACACAUCAGAUAUUUAGUUAAUGUUGUUAUUGAUCGUCCAUGGAAGUUCGAUUUAACUUAUAAACUUGCAUUCACUGUCAUCAAGCAACUUGAUUUAAAUUACGAAAAUCCCGCUCUGAGAAUACCGACAAAAGUGGAAAAGAUCGACACGUUCUUUUGUGGUUUUUGCAAGACGGCACCGGUUUACAUGGCAGCAUCAAUUCCAAUGUCUGGAUUUGUUCCAGGACAGAACAUCCCCGUCUGCAUUGAAAUCAACAAUGAAUCGAGGAUAGCAAUUGAUGAUGUUAAAGUUUCACUUAAGAAACUCGUUUGUUACCACAGUCAGACGCCGAAAAUGAAGACGAAGGAAGAAAUUAUAAGCGUAAAGGAAAUUAGAUCUGGCGAAGUACGGAAAAGAAGUAAAGGAAAGUUUGAUCAGAGAUUUGCUAUUCCACCAUUGCCACCAUCAAACACAAAUUACUGUCGAGUGAUUAACGUUUCUUAUGAGAUUCAUGUGACAGCGAAAGUUUCUGGUCUUCAUGUCAAUCCUGUGUUGAAACUUCCAAUUACUCUCGGAACUGUUCCAUUAAGUUCACCACAAAAUAAUUUAAAUGUUUCCCAACAAUCUUCCUCGACUCCAUCGCCAACUGGAAACUUAUUGACAUUUUCUGAUAUUCUUCAUCCACAAUCAAAUACGCAAGAAACAAACAGAGAGUUACCGCCACCUUCGUACCAUGAAGCAAUGGGAAGUGCUGUGCAACUAAACGAAGAAGGAGAACAUUCGAUGGGUACUCGAACAUUCAAUCCAAUGUAUCCUGUUUACAGUUUCGAAACAAAUCAAAUGAUGGAGUCAACAACAACCUUAAAUCACGAACUUCCACCUGGAUCUGUGUCAGAUUCUGCAAUCAUUCAAAAGUAUUGACGUUUCUAUUUUUUAUUAAAAAUUAAAUUAUUUACAAAUUUGAGAUGGAAUUUAAACAUUAAGUUAAUCAAACCGUUCAAAGAGUUAAUAAAGUGGUGUGUUGGUUUCCGUGUACAUUUCUUCCCAUAAAGCAAUUCGAUCAGUGUCGGGAUUAUCUUUGAAUUCAAUAGUUUCAGAGAUAUUCAAACAUUUAAAUGGCGGCGUCUUCGAAUCAACUUCUUUCCAUAGGAUAACAUUUCCGGUUGCAAUUUGAGCCACAUCGUCAUUUGGACUUCCAGUUGUAGCAAAAGAAGUUAGAAAUGAAAUGUAAUUUUUGAUGACAGAAAAUUCUUUCGAAUCUUUCUCGCAUAUUGGUCC